AUGUGGGAGGAUUGGAAUUUGAGAGAAGAACCUGGUUCCUGGGCAUUUUUGUCAUUAUCUAAAGACGCCUCACGUCACUCUAUGGAACUCAUUUCAAACUCUUGGCUUUUGUGUGUGAGAGUAAUGCAAGGGGAAUGGCAUAAUUGGCUGAGAAAUGUGGUGUUUGUGGCGGUUUCUAUUUGAUAUCAUAGAUGGCUUAUCUGAGGAUUUGGAGUUGUCGUGAUUAAUGGCCCGACGUGAUGCUGACUGGCUGAAUACCAAAACUUUUAUUGGUUACACUGCUUUAACUAGGGUGUUCAUAAUCGCCGUUCCUGGGCACCUUAAAGAACUUCGUGAG